GCCGCUGAUUGGCGGAAGCGAGGCGAGCGACAGCGUGAUGACGUUGAGGGACGCUGGCGCGCGGGAUUUAAACUUCGGCGGUUUACGCGGCGUUAGGACUUCGUAAGACUGGCGGAGUUGGGGUUUUCUGGCGUUUCGCGGUUCUCUUCCCGGCGCCCCUGCCUGCUCAUGGACUCGUCGCUUCAGGCUCGCCUGUUCCCUGGUCUCUCCAUCAAGAUCCAACGUAGUAACGGCUUAAUUCACAGUGCCAAUGUAAGGACUGUAAACUUGGAGAAAUCCUGUGUUUCGGUGGAAUGGACAGAAGGAGGAGCCACAAAGGGCAAAGAGAUUGAUUUUGAUGAUGUGACUGCAAUAAACCCAGAACUCUUGGAGCUCCUCCCCUUACAACCCAAGGACAAUCUGCCCCUGCAGGAGAAUGUGACGGGUCAGAAACAAAAACGCAGAUCAAUCAACUCCAAAAUUCCUGCUCCAAAGGAAGGUCUCCGGGGCCGCUCGACUCGCAUGUCCACCAUCUCCGAGGCUCGCGUCCCCGCUCAGGAGAAUGAAAUGGAGGUGGAGCCGCCUGCGUCCGCACCUUCCCGCAGGCAGUUCUCAGUUCCCGCCGGCCUCCCCAGGUUCUCCUGCCCUGCAGUGACUGAAAUACCAUUGACGAUGGCCAGCGCGGAGGGGGAAGAGCAAGUCCACUCCACCCGAGGCAGCUCUUCUGCAAACCCCGUGAACUCAGUUCGGAGGAAAUCAUGCAUUGUGAAGGAAAUGGAAAAAAUGAAGAACAAGAGAGAAGAGAAGAGGGCCCAGAACUCUGAAAUGAGGAUAAAGCGAGCUCAGGAGUAUGACAACAGCUUUCCAAACUGGGAAUUUGCCCGGAUGAUUAAAGAAUUCCGGGCUACGUUGGACUGUCAUCCACUCACUGUGACGGAUCCUAUCGAAGAGCACAGGAUAUGUGUCUGCGUUCGAAAACGUCCGCUAAAUAAACAAGAAUUGGCCAAGAAAGAAAUCGACGUGAUUUCCGUUCCUAGCAAGUGUGUCCUCCUGGUACAUGAGCCCAAGUUAAAGGUAGACUUGACCAAGUAUCUGGAGAACCAGGCGUUCUGCUUUGACUUCGCAUUUGAUGAAACAGCUUCAAAUGAAGUCGUCUACAGGUUCACAGCAAGGCCCCUGGUACAGACAAUCUUUGAAGGGGGAAAAGCAACCUGUUUUGCAUAUGGCCAGACAGGAAGUGGCAAGACUCAUACGAUGGGGGGAGGCCUCUAUGGAAAAGCCCAGAGCGCGUCCAAAGGGAUCUAUGCCAUGGCCUCCCAGGACGUCUUCCUCCUGAAGAGUCAGCCCCGCUACCGGAGCCUGGGCCUGGAAGUCUACGUGACGUUCUUCGAGAUCUACAACGGGAAGCUGUUUGACUUGCUCAACAAGAAGGCCAAGCUGCGCGUGCUGGAGGACGGCAAGCAGCAGGUGCAGGUGGUGGGGCUGCAGGAGCACCUGGUGAGCUGUGCUGACGACGUCAUCAAGAUGAUUGACAUAGGCAGCGCCUGCAGGACCUCUGGGCAGACAUUUGCCAACUCCAACUCUUCCCGCUCCCACGCCUGCUUCCAGAUUCUUCUUCGAGCCAAAGGAAGAGUGCACGGCAAGUUCUCUUUGGUGGAUCUGGCCGGGAAUGAGCGAGGUGCGGACACGUCCAGCGCUGAUAGGCAGACCCGCAUGGAGGGUGCAGAAAUCAACAAGAGUCUCCUGGCUCUGAAGGAGUGCAUCCGGGCCCUGGGACAGAACAAGGCUCACACUCCUUUCCGCGAGAGCAAGCUGACGCAGGUGCUGAGGGACUCCUUCAUCGGGGAGAACUCGAGGACCUGCAUGAUUGCCAUGAUCUCGCCAGGCAUAAGCUCCUGUGAAUAUACCUUAAAUACACUAAGAUACGCGGACAGGGUCAAGGAGCUGAGCCCGCACAGUGGGCCCAGUGGGGAGCAGCCCGUUCAGAUGGACACCGAAGACAUGGAAGCCAGCUCCAACGGGGCCCUGAGCACAGGCGACUUCUCCAAGGAAGAGGAGGAGCUCUCUUCCCAGAUCUCCAGCUUCAAUGAAGCCAUGACUCAGAUCAGGGAGCUGGAGGAGAGGGCCGUGGAAGAGCUCAAGGAGAUUAUACAGCAAGGGCCAGGCUGGCUGGAGCUCUCCGAGAUGACUGAGCAGCCAGACUACGACCUGGAGACCUUUGUGAACAAAGCAGAGUGUGCCCUGGCCCAGCAAGCCAAGCACUUCUCAGCCCUGCGAGAUGUCAUCAAGGCCUUGCGCCUGGCCAUGCAGCUGGAAGAGCAGGCCAGCAAACAAAUAAGCAGCAAGAAACGGCCCCAGUGACGACUGCAAAUAAAGAUCUGUUUGGUGUCACACCCAGCUUUUUCCCUCCCCUUCCCUCCCCAGUGAACUCUGGGCACCUGGUGGGUCAAGUAAGGGUCUGAGCUGGGACAGGCCUUGGUAAAUGCCAAGUGUUGGGGCAGCUGGGGAGGGGUCAGGGUGCAUUGGACACCACCUCCCUUUUCCUCCGUGUAGCCCUGAAGAGAACAAGGAUGGAAGGAGGAGCUUUUAGUUGCCCACGUGCCCUCCUUCUCUCCAAGAGGGGAAGGCUCUGCGGCAUAGUGUCCCCACGGCAGCAGAGGACUGGCCCAUAAGGACUGGCUGCUGGGGGAGUUCUCGCUGGGUUGUCCAGGCUCUGGGGAGAGGGAAGGAGCCUUUAGUUCAGCUCUGCUGACCCUGGCCUGCCUUCCACACCCUUGGUCUGGGCACUAAAUGUCUUAUACUUUAAAAGAAGUUUCUGGGACCUCUUCCUUAUUUGUGUUUUUUUUUGAGGCCCCAAAGGAUCCCUGCUAUUUUCUGUUUUAUGUGUUUAUACAUUGCGUCUAACAAUAAAGAGAAAAGAAUCAGCCUGG